AUGCAAGGAAAAAGUAUUUGUCGGGUUUAUACUUUGGAUGCAAGGAAGGAUAAGGGUAACAAUGUGUUGAUUGCCGGUACGUGUCAUGUAAAUGGUCAUCCUUGUUUUGUAUUGUUUGAUUAUGGAGAAACACACUCUUUUGUGUCGAUUCAAUCUAUGAAGCGUCAUGGUUUGAAAGCAAUUCCUUUGUCUCCUCAUAUGGUGAUGACUACUGCCCUGGAUGAUAUUGUAGAGACACCGUUGAUUGUGAAAAUGGGGAUGGAUUGGAUUUCUGCCAAUUCAGUAUUUGUUGGGUGUGAAGAGAAAUCAAUUAUCAUUCCACCUAGUGAAGCUACUCUAAAGGAUGUAUUGACUCUUAUUUUGGAAGGUACGAUUGGCACGGUUGGUCUCUUGUUUGAAAAGGAAAAGUUUGUUCUCUUGGUUCUCACCAAGGAAUCAAGUGAUGAUUUAAAGGUUGCACAAAUUCCUAUAGUUUGUGAAUUUCCAGAAGUUUUCCCUGAAGAUGUCACUUUUCUCCCUCUCGAAAGGGGAGUGGAAUUAUCUAUUGAUCUGGUACCUGGAACGACCCCAAUAUCCGUUUCUCCGUAUUGUAUGGCACCGCUCGAGCUGAGAGAGUUAAAGAAUCAAUUGGAAGAGUUGUUAACCAAGCAUUUCAUUUGA